CAGGCCGAGCCGGGCGGGACGGCGAACCUGGAGGCCGGGCACCGAGGCAACUGUGCGCGGCGCUCGAGCCGGAGCCGAGCGCUCGGAGGUCCGGGGCCAUGGAGAAAGCGCGGCCGCUGUGGGCCAACCCGCUGCAGUUCGUGUUCGCCUGCAUCUCCUACGCCGUGGGCCUGGGCAACGUGUGGCGCUUCCCCUACCUGUGCCAGAUGUACGGCGGAGGCAGCUUCCUCGUGCCCUACAUCAUCAUGCUCAUCGUGGAGGGGAUGCCGCUGCUGUAUCUGGAACUGGCGGUGGGGCAGCGCAUGCGACAGGGCAGCAUCGGCGCCUGGAGGACCAUCAGCCCCUACCUCAGUGGCGUGGGUGUGGCCAGCGUGGUGGUGUCCUUCUUCCUCUCCAUGUACUACAACGUCAUCAAUGCCUGGGCCUUCUGGUACCUGUUCCACUCCUUCCAGGACCCCCUGCCGUGGUCUGUAUGCCCCCUGAACAGCAACCACACAGGCCUGGACGAGGAGUGCGAGAAGGCUUCGUCCACGCAGUACUUCUGGUACCGGAAGACGCUCAACAUCUCGCCGUCCAUCCAGGAGAAUGGGGGCGUGCAGUGGGAGCCGGCGCUGUGCCUCAUUCUGGCCUGGCUCGUGGUAUACCUGUGCAUCCUGCGGGGAACCGAGUCCACUGGCAAGGUGGUGUACUUCACGGCAUCGCUGCCCUACUGUGUGCUCAUCAUCUACCUGAUCAGGGGCCUCACGCUCCACGGAGCCACCAACGGCCUGCUGUACAUGUUCACCCCUAAGAUGGAGCAGCUGGCCAACCCCAAGGCCUGGAUCAAUGCCGCCACCCAGAUCUUCUUCUCCCUCGGCCUGGGCUUUGGCAGCCUGAUCGCCUUUGCCAGCUACAACGAGCCCUCUAACAACUGCCAGAAGCACGCUGUCAUCGUGUCCCUCAUCAACAGCUCCACCUCCAUAUUCGCCAGCAUCGUGACCUUCUCCAUCUAUGGCUUCAAGGCCACCUUCAACUAUGAAAGUUGCUUGAACAAGGUGAUCUUGCUGCUGACCAACGCCUUUGACCUUGAAGAUGGCUUUUUGACGACCAGCAACCUGGAGCAGGUGAAGGACUACUUAGCGUCUGCCUUCCCCGACAAAUACGGCGAGGUGUUCCCACAAAUCAAAAACUGCAGCUUAGAAGCUGAGCUGGACACGGCAGUCCAGGGCACCGGCCUGGCCUUCAUCGUCUACACCGAGGCCAUUAAGAACAUGGAGGUGUCCCAGCUGUGGUCUGUGCUCUACUUCUUCAUGCUGCUGAUGCUGGGCAUUGGGAGCAUGCUGGGGAACACGGCAGCCAUCCUCACCCCGCUGACCGACAGCAAGGUCAUCUCCAGACACCUGCCCAAGGAGGCCAUCUCAGGUCUGGUGUGCCUCAUCAACUGUGCCAUCGGGAUGGUGUUCACCAUGGAGGCCGGGAACUACUGGUUCGACAUCUUCAACGACUACGCGGCCACGCUGUCCUUGCUGCUCAUCGUCCUGGUGGAGACGGUCGCCGUGUGCUACGUGUACGGGCUGCGGAGAUUUGAAAGCGACCUCAGGGCCAUGACCGGCCGCACUCUGAACUGGUACUGGAAGGUCAUGUGGGCUGGCGUGAGCCCACUGCUCAUCAUCAGCCUCUUCAUCUUCUACCUGAGUGACUACAUCCUCACGGGAACCCUGCAGUACCAAGCCUGGGACUCCACCCAGGGCCAGCUUGUGACCAAGGAUUACCCUCCCUAUGCGCUGGCUGUCAUCGGGCUGCUGGUGGCCUCCUCCACCGUGUGCAUCCCCCUGGUAGCCUUGGGGACCUUCAUCACACGCCGUCUCAAGAGGGGAGACACAGCCCCCGUGGCCUGAGCACUGGGCUUUCCAGAGACUGCAGUCAGCUGCUCACGGUUUUACAGCUCUUAUUGCAGGUGGAAACUCCUCAGCUGCUUUUGAAAACACUCACUCCAGAAGUCCCCUAUUGCCAUCUUCCUGAGCCUAGAAAGAAGUAGGAGGCGUGGAGGAGGAGGACUCCCUGGAAAAACACAUGCCCCGCUCACAAAGUGCCCCCUUCUCCCCUCACCUCCCCCCAAGUUUGCACCGAGCUGCUUCCUCUGGACUGAAGAGGCUGGUUUUUCAAAGACAGUCUUGAAGACAGUUGUUUCUUAUUUCUAGAAAGCCCUGGAAUUAGGGCACACUGUGAGCUGACAUGUGACUAAUUUUUCAUGGAAUAUAAACAAUUUUCCCCCCAAAGUGAUCCCAAGUAUUGCAAGGGCAGCCAUCUUUAGAUUGGCUGGAAAAUCGUUUUUCAAGUGCCUGUGAUAACAUAUUAGAACGUCAUGGGUGUGAAAUGAGUUUUUCUCAUUUAAUCAGUGAAUCUGCAGUUGCUACCUUCUUUGCUGAUAGGGUUGGCCCUAGAAAAAGAGGGUUUUUUUUGGGGGGGGCCCACCAUGGGGAUCAUUUUCCUAGUAGUCUCUCACGGCAGGUCCCUGGCCAAUCCUCUGUACAAGAAUCACUCUUACCACAGUUGCAGACCCAAAGCUCCUCUGUGGGGUUCCCUGAAGGGUCAGAGCAGACAGCCCCACCCACACAGCCCAGUGUUUUGGGGAAAGUUCUGGAAGUGACUGUGAGGAUGAGCGUGAGCUAACAUUCCCAUAGGCUUAGUAACAUUUGGACUUGAUGGUCGACUCCUUAUAGGAAAGACCACAAACGUCACAUAGAUCAAUGUUAAGUUAUUUAUCUGUACAGAAGUUUUCUAAAAUGUAUAUAAUUCAAAUGGAGCAUCUUGUAACUGAAGACACCCAUAUUUAUGACAUAGCAUUAGUCCACCA